CGCUCUAUGCUUUAGUCAGCACCGGCUUUUAAUUGAUUGUUGAGCGUCGGAACUUCGGAGGUAAAUUUCUCUAUUUACGCCAACCCUGUUCAUCCAAGAUCAUGGUGUCUAUUGAACAACUUUAUAAGGAUUAUGAGGUGCUUGCUGAAGCCGGAGCAGAUGCUGGCCAGCAUGAGUCGUCUUAUGCAUCCAUCUUGAGUGCAGUAGGUGGGGAUUCCCCUCAGAAGCAGCUCGCUGGUCAGUUCAUCCCAAAGUUCUUCAAAUACUUCCCCUCUCUGGCGGAGCAAGCAAUCAACGCUCAGCUCGACCUCUGUGAAGAUGAUGUCUCUAUGAUUCGUAGACAAGCGAUCAAGGAGUUGCCCAACCUGUGUAGAGACUCUGCUGAUCAUCUGCUCAGGAUUGCGGAUGUCCUCACACAGCUUCUCCAAUCAGACGAUCUCCCUGAACUCAACAUUGUACGAUCAGCUCUCAUGGCACUCUACAACAUUGAUUCCAAAGGAACCCUCGGUGGGCUCUUCAAUCAGAUCCUAUCAGGAGAUGACAAAGUGAGAGAUCGUGCGAUCAAGUUCCUUAACAACAAGAUCCAGACCCUGCCUCCAGACCGUAUCCCCAAGGAGGUGGAGGAGUUUCUGGUAGAGAAGACUAAAGAGGUCCUAGUGGAUGUUACUGGUGAGGAGUUUGUAAUCUUCAUGAAGCUUUUGACGGGACUGAGUAGUAUGCAGACGUUACUAGGCAGGAAGCAAUUACUUGACCUCGUCACAGAACAAGCUGACCUUUCAUCAGAUUUCCAGCACACAGACUCAGACUCAGUAGACAGGCUAAUGCAAUGUAUUCGACAAGCUAUGCCAUUCUUUUCAAAAAACGUCCAGUCAACGGCGUUUGUGUCGUACAUAUGUGAACGUGUCCUCCCCAAUCUCACCUCCCUGGCUUCAGCACCCGAUGAGAACGGAGCUUCGGGCGAAGAGAAGAAGGACAAAGAGAAAGAUUCAAAUUCAGGAGGUGCCAAACUAGAAAUGUUGAAGCUGCUUGCCGAGAUGGCAGCUAACUGCGGAGAUCUACCGGCCGAACCACACAUAGCCAACCUGUUCAGCACGUUAGUGGAGUACAUGCCUCUGCCUCCCGCAGCUGAAAGUGAGGACAGUGAGAACACACCGGCCAGUGAAGGUCCUCAGCUCCAGUUCUCAUAUGUAGAAUGUUUGAUGUAUACAUUCCAUCAGCUGGCCAGGAAGCAUCCUGAAUACUUAACAAGUGAGGAGGAUACUGUCCCUGAGAGGCUCAAGGACUUCAGGCUCAGGUUGCAGUACUUUGCUAGGGGUGUACAGCUUUAUAAGAGGCAGCUUCGUCUAGCGCUCGAGGGCAAGGUUGGAGAUCAGCUGAAGACAGAUGAAAACAAGCUCAAGGUUGUCGCCCUCAGGAUCACAUCAAACAUUGACUUACUCACAAAGGAUCUGUUCCACAACCCUCCCUCGUAUAAGAGUACAGUCAUACUGUCAUGGAGACCUGUUACCAAGCAACCAUCUUCACCUAAAGAACAACCAGGACAAAAGAGGAGCAACAUCACCCCCAUCUCGUUCCCCGAGGGAGUUGCCCCAGCCAAGAAGAAGAGCCAGAAUAGGGGUGGUGGAGGGGGGCAGAAGAGGAGUAACAGGGGUAUGUAUGCACCCCCUGGUGGAAAGUACAGUCAGAAGGCAGGCUCAGCUCCUGGAGGCGGUGAUGCUAACUAUGGAGAUAACUACGGAGGCAUGCAGGGCUACCAGAACCAGCAGGGGCGUGGAGGCUACGGGCGCACCAGAGGACGAGGGAGGGGCCGAUACUACUAGGAGAAUAACCUCAUAGGAUGCUACAUAGGAUGUAUAUACACUGAACUCUAGUAUGUACAAUCAAACCUGCUUUAGUGACCACCUGUCUACAAAGACCACCUGUC